AUGGACAUCACAGACAGCCCCAACAGAAGUACGUUCUCCCCACCCCACCCUUUGAAAAUUAUUCUUUUGAAGAUUCGUUGUCAAGCCGCCAAAGUGGAGAGUGUGAUUGCAGAAGGGGGCGCUUCUCGUUUCAGUGCUUCUUCGGGUGGAGGAGGAGGUCGGGCUGCACCUCAGCACUGUCCCAAGACUGUCGGCAACAGCGAGUGCCUGGGGAAAGCCCCAGGUCCUAGCGUUCAGAAAUGGGUUCCUUCACGAAGCACUAGACGAGAUGUCAACUCCUCCAAUGAAAAAGAGCGACACGAUGCAAUCUUUAGGAAAGUAAGAGGCAUACUUAAUAAACUCACCCCUGAAAAGUUUGACAAGCUAUGCCUUGAGCUCCUGAAUGUGGGUGUAGAGUCAAAACUCAUCCUAAAGGGAAUCAUCCUGCUGAUUGUAGACAAAGCCCUGGAAGAGCCCAAGUAUAGUUCGCUAUAUGCUCAGCUGUGUCUGCGCUUGGCAGAAGAUGCACCAAACUUUGAUGGCCCCUCCCCUGAGAUCCAACCCAAGCACAAGCAGAGCACGACUUUCAGAAGACUUCUGAUAUCAAAGCUUCAAGAUGAAUUUGAAAACCGUACCAGAAAUGUUGAAGUCUAUGACAAGCAUGACAACCCUCUUACUUCUGAGGAGGAGGAGCAGCGUGCCAUUGCCAAGAUCAAGAUGCUGGGCAACAUCAAAUUCAUUGGUGAACUUGGCAAACUGGACCUCAUCCAUGAAUCUAUCCUUCAUAAGUGCAUCAAAACACUUUUGGAAAAGAAGAAGAGGGUCAAACUUAAGGAUGUGGGGGAGGAUUUGGAGUGCCUCUGUCAGAUAAUGAGAACAGUGGGGCCUAGACUGGAUCAUGAAAAGGCCAGGUCUUUGAUGGAUCAGUACUUUGGCCGAAUGCGAUCCUUAAUGAACAACAAGGAGCUGCCUGCCAGAAUCCGUUUCCUGCUGCAGGACACUGUGGAGCUGCGAGAGAACAACUGGGUUCCUCGCAAAGCUUUCCUCGACAACGGACCAAAGACCAUUCACCAGAUCCGCCAGGAUGCAGUGAAAGAUUUGGGUGUUUUUAUUCCAGGAAUGAACCAGGGAAGGACAGACUUCUUUCUGGAAGGACCCUUCAUGCCGGCCAGGAUUAAAAUGGACAGGGAAACUCUAGGGGGGUUGGCCGAUAUGUUUGGGCAGAUGCCAGGCAGCGGGAUUGGCACAGGGCCGGGGGUCAUUCAGGACCGAUAUUCACCCACCAUGGGACGGCACCGCUCCAGCCCGCUCUUCAAUGGCCACAGUGGGCACAACAUCGCCCCUGUACCGCCAACCCAGUUCGACAUGGGGAGCAAGCCUUUUAUGAAGUCCAACCAGGGACAGAACCUGCAUUUCCAGAACCAGAACCAUUCGUCCCAGCAACAACAGCAGGCUAAGGACACGCCCCCACGCUUCAUUAAGAAAAGCCAGCUCAACAUGGAUGAGAUCAGUCUGAGGCCGGCGCAGUCUUUUCUGCUCAGUAAAAACCAAGUGCCAAAACUGCAGCCUCAGAUCCCCACCAUGAUCCCUCCCAGCGCCCAGCCUCCUCGGACACAGACUCCACCCCUGGGACAGCCUCCUCAGCUUGGCCUCAAAACCAAUCCUCCCCCAAUCCAAGAGAAGCCACCAAAGACCACAAAGAAACCACCACCUUCCAAGGAGGAGCUUCUCAAGAUGACUGAGACCUUAGUGACGGAGUACCUGAACAACGGGGACCUGGGGGUGGCGGUGAAUGCCGUGCGAGAGAUGAAGGCUCCCAAACACUUCUUGCCUGAGAUGCUGAGCAAGAUGGUGGUGUGCUCCUUGGACCGCUCGGACCAAGACCGGGAGCAGGCCAGCACGCUGAUCCACACCCUGCGUACUGAGGCCCUGGUCACUGGCGAGAACUUCAUGCAGGCCUUCCAGAAGGUGCUGGACCAGUGUGCUAAGAUCGAGGUGGACGUUCCCCUGGUGAAGUCCUACCUGGCGCAGUUUGCGGCUCGGGCCAUCAUGGCCGAGCUGGUGAGCGUUGCCGAGCUGGCCCACCCGCUGGAGAACGGCGCCCACUUCCCCCUGUUCCUGCUCUGCCUGCAGCAGACCGCCAAGCUGCGUGACCGCGACUGGCUGACCGACCUCUUCCAGCAGAGCAAAGUCAACAUGCUCAAGAUGCUGCCUGAGAUGGACCAGAAUAAGGACCGCAUGCUGGAGCUGCUGGAGGGCAAGGGGCUGAGCUUCCUCUUCCCCCUGCUGAAGCUGGAGAAGGAGCUGCUGAAGCAGAUCAAGGUGGACCCGUCCCCGCAGGCCAUCUACAAGUGGAUCAAGGACAACAUCUCGCCCAAGCUGCACACCGACAAGGGUUUCGUCAACAUCUUGAUGACCAGCUUCCUGCAGUACAUUUCCCAUGAGCUGUGCAUGACCGAGGGGGACGAGCAGCUCUCCGCUCCCUCCAAAGAGCUGCUGGACCAGGAGAAGCAGCUGCUGCUGUCCUUCAAGCCGGUGAUGCAGAAGUUUCUGCACGAGCACGUGGAGCUGCAGGUCGGCGCUCUGUACGCCCUGCAGGUCCACUGCAACACCAACGGCUUCCCCAAAGGCAUGUUACUGCGUUACUUUGUCAGCUUCUAUGACAUGGAAAUUAUCGAAGAAGAAGCCUUCCUUGCAUGGAAAGAGGACAUUACCCAAGAGUUUCCUGGAAAGGGAAAAGCGUUAUUCCAGGUGAACCAAUGGCUUACCUGGCUGGAAACCGCUGAGGAAGAGGAGUCUGAGGAAGAAGCCGACUGAGCCAAAGCCUUACGAUGCGGAGAAACCAUGGAUCUGUUCGUUUUUCUUCCUCCUGUUCCACUCCUCCUCCUCCUCCCUUUCUCCUUUGUUACGCAUUUAUAUUCAACCACUGCGAAAAUUCAUUCCACUGUAGUUUUGGCAAUGUGAAGCAGAGGCAUGUUUUCCAGCUUUUUUUUUUUCCUUUUUUUCAUUCCUUUUUUUUUUUCUUUUUUUUCUCUUUUUUUUAAACAUACGGUCUUAAAGGCAUCCUGGUGUACCACGUGUAGAUGAGAUUGCCAGCAUGAGGUCGCCCCAGUUUGCCAAUUGGUGAUGGACAGAGAACCCGUCCCGAAACGCUGCAUUGUGUACGCUUUUGAGUUAACCAAUCGCAACACUGUAAGAAUGCACUUUGCCUGGCGCCACACUCGAGUCGUUGCAAUAUUCAUUCAUCCUUUGAUUGUUACAAAGAAUCCUAAACUGUAAUCAUUGGUUCGCUGCCGUAACUUUUGAAUAGUUCUUGCCUGUGUUUCUACCUCCUAGUGCUGGGACUUGUCAUGGACUUGGGAGUCCCGUUAAAUGAAAGCCCUAUAUUAGCCUGGGCAAGUGCACAAGUCAUUAAUAAAAAAAUGAAUAAAAAAAUACCUGGUUUACUUGCACAAAAUGACCUGAUUGUGAGAUUUCAGAUUAAGACCUUUAUAAGUGCUUCUUGUGGAUGUGUGGAUCGUAAGAAAAUGGAAAUUAAGCCUUUUAAUUUAUGGCCUCCUGUCAUGUGCCCUCUCCCCCCUCCCUCUCCCCCCCUCUUUCACCCAUUUUGUGAUACUUGAAUUUAUUUUCCCUUCCACCAUGUUCAGGGACUAAACUUGGCCUGUUUGGAUGAAACCUCUUUUGAUUGAACAAGAACAUGUAAGACAAGUGAAUUUUUAACCUGUUUUAAUUGGGUAAUAAAAGUUAACACAUGAAACUGAA